CAGCAAGAGGCGCUGGGGAGAGAGCUGGGACUGCGAGCCCGGCGGAUGCGGCAGCGGCGGAGGGCGGCUGGGGAGACGCUACUCCAACUGUUGAAUUUUCACCUUUCAUUUCCUCCGAUGCUUUGCUUGUGGAGAUGGAUUUAUUUGCUUUGAAAUCCGCACGUCUUUCGCAGGCUAUGAGCUGAUCCUGAAAGGCACCAGAUUAAAAGCGACCACCCGUGUCAGAAAAGGAGGAAAAAAAAAAAAAAAAAAAAAAAAAAACCCUCCACAACGGACUGCACAAUUAACUAUGCACACCGGUGCUGGACUUUGUGAAUAGAGAACAUUGAGAGGAAAAUCAUGAACUAUGAUGCGGGGCUAAGCUGUGAACAGUCACUGGAAUCCUGAUUUUUUUUUUUUCUUUUUCUUUCUUUCUUUCUUUUUUUUUUUCCAAGACUCUGAAAGAUUUGGGGGUUCCUCACGCCUCGUCAAAAGGAAAGGUGUUUUUUUUUUUUUCUUAAACAAAUAAAUUAAAAAAUAAAUACACCUAGCAAAACAGACGCCUUGUUUUCCAGACCCUCGGACCCCGGCAGAAAGAGGUAGAGUAAAAGUGCUGCUGGAUUCAGCUACACCUUCUUCCCUCCCUCCCUUUCCUCUCGCUUUUUCUUUUCCUCCAAGACAUGAAUCUGGCUUUUCUUUCUAUAGAGUGAGUCAGAGAGAAAGCGUUAGGAAGAAGCCGCAACUAAUGUCUGUGAAGGGAGGACCAUGAGGCGAGAGUGAAUUCGAUUCGUUCCACUGCUUCUGACUCAUCGGGCAGAUCGGAACACCUGCAUUUCUGGAUGUGUCAUUCCCGUAUGUCGAGGCGCCUCGAGAACCCGAAAUAAUGUGUAGACAGACCUGUGCCUAACAUCCCCUCGGAGGUCGCUCUCGGGGGUGGGGUGGGCGCCCCUGGCUGGACCGCCGCGGCCGCAGCUCCUCACCCCUGCCCUCCUCGAGUCGCCCAGAGAGACUGUGUGAGAACGAGACUGCAGAAUGCAUCACGCCAAACCUUGAUGUGUUUCUUUCAUCCAGCCCACUCCUACUAUUAAAAAAAAAAAAAAAAAAAAUUGACGGGAGUGGGGGAGGGAAACAAACAAACAAACAAACAAAAAAACCCGCACUUUAUUCGCUUCAGAUAUUCACCACUUUUAUUCCUCGCCAAGGUUUUCCUUUCUAGAUGAAGAGGACUGGGAGGCAGGGCCAUUGGAAGGAGAUGCUGAAUAGAAAGAAAAGAGAGGCACUUGACAGCCCAGCCCUGUGAAUGCAGAGACUGUUUCCCUUCUAGCGAGAGACAGGGAGAGUGUGUGUGCGAGGACUGGGAGGGUGGCUCCCCCUUCCUUUUUAUUCCGCCUCCCCUUCCCCCCUUCCAAUCUGCACAUCCAACCAUGAGUUGCCUGUUGAUUUCCUUUCGCCUGGGAAGAAAAGCAAACUGGAAUUAAACUGCAUCGAGAGAAGUCCUUGCUCUCGCGGAGAGAAGGGGAUGGUAGCGGCGGCUACCGGCUUGGCACAGAGAAAUCACACAGAGUGUGUGUUCCACGAACAGAGGCGGAGAGAGCUAUAUACGCCCCCUCCCCUCCCCAAUAGACUCACGCCGCAAAUGCUGAUCUGGCUGUGGCUUUCCUGACUUCGGGGGAGAGCCUUUUCCGAGGAAGAGAGGGAGGAGCCUGGUGGAGGGAGGAAACUACAAAUCGGGACACUAGUUCUUUGCGCUGCAUUUCCUCCCCUCCCUUUGACUGCUCGGAAAGGAGAGAGAAAAAAAAAAUACGCUUGGCUAGGAGAUGCAGUCCGCGGCCGCCUCUGCCUCAGCCAGCAAUGCAAGAUUAGAUCUCUAAAUGCAGCAAAACACUGCCUGAAAACCGAACAGCCCGCGAAGCCAGCAGACAUUUCAACCGGGCUCCGGCGAAGCUUCAAAAUAUAUCGGAUUCUCUCUCCGUUGCUCCUCGUCCCCAUCAAUUUCAUCACAGGAGACGGGAAACAAGUAAGGAUUCCACUUUCCCAUCUGCCUCAAGACACACCUCCCCGCUCCCUCCCCCACCCGAUGUGAAGAGUAUUCCGGUGGCUACCGCGGGAGCGGAUUUGCAGCGCCCUAGCGGGAGCCAGGAAAAUCUACCGAUUCUUCACCACCCCCUUCUAGACGCGAUUUCCAUCUUAUCGCUGGCCUCAUCGCUCAACUUUGAGUCGCCCCUAGUCCCGGCGGAAGAGACAAAGCCCCGGGCUCGCCCCCAGCCGCAGGGAGCCGCCGCCUUGCUCCGUGCCCCUGCAGCUUCGCUGCGCCGCCGCUUCUCGCCCAGUGCGGAUGCUGUAGAUCAACAGGUUCGGGGAACUUGAGCGGAAUAAGGAGACCGCCGGGUGCCGCAGCCCAGGAGCCGAGGGAAGGAAGGACCCACAGACUUGUGGCUCGCGUCGCGCGCGCACGCUGCGCCCGAGCCCCAGGCUGGCGCGCUCCCACUGGCUCGCCCCUCCAGUCCGGCUGCUCCUGCCCCCACCCCACCGGUCUGGGAUGUACCUUUCCAUCUGUUGCUGUUUCCUCCUAUGGGCCCCUGCCCUCACCCUCAAAAACCUCAACUACUCGGUGCCGGAGGAACAAGGGGCCGGCACGGUGAUAGGCAACAUCGGCAAGGAUGCUCGACUGCAGCCGGGGCUUCCGCCCGCAGAGCGCGGCGGCGGUGGCGGCGGCGGGCGAAGCAAGUCGGGUAGCUACCGGGUGCUGGAGAACUCAGCGCCGCACCUGCUGGACGUGGACGCGGACAGCGGGCUCCUCUACACCAAGCAGCGCAUCGACCGUGAGUCCCUGUGCCGCCACAACGCCAAGUGCCAGCUGUCCCUCGAGGUGUUCGCCAACGACAAGGAAAUCUGCAUGAUCAAGGUGGAGAUCCAGGACAUCAACGACAAUGCCCCCUCCUUCCCCUCGGACCAGAUUGAGAUGGACAUCUCGGAGAACGCAGCGCCUGGCACCCGCUUCCCUCUCACCAGUGCACAUGACCCGGACGCCGGCGAGAAUGGGCUCCGCACCUAUCUGCUGACGCGCGACGACCACGGGCUCUUCGCGCUGGACGUCAAGUCCCGCGGCGACGGCACCAAGUUCCCAGAGCUGGUAAUCCAGAAGGCGCUGGACCGCGAGCAGCAGAACCACCACACGCUUGUACUGACCGCCCUAGACGGCGGCGAGCCGCCGCGAUCCGCCACUGUGCAAAUCAACGUGAAGGUGAUAGACUCUAACGACAACAGCCCGGUCUUCGAGGCGCCCUCCUACCUGGUGGAGCUGCCAGAGAAUGCCCCACUGGGCACCGUGGUCAUUGAUCUGAAUGCCACCGACGCCGACGAGGGUCCCAAUGGUGAAGUACUCUAUUCCUUCAGCAGCUAUGUGCCUGACCGCGUAAGGGAGCUCUUCUCCAUCGACCCCAAGACCGGCCUGAUUCGUGUCAAGGGCAACCUGGACUAUGAGGAGAAUGGGAUGCUGGAGAUCGACGUACAGGCCCGAGACUUGGGGCCCAACCCCAUCCCGGCCCACUGCAAGGUCACUGUCAAGCUCAUCGACCGCAACGACAACGCGCCGUCCAUCGGUUUCGUCUCCGUGCGCCAGGGGGCGCUGAGCGAGGCCGCCCCGCCCGGCACCGUCAUAGCCCUAGUGCGGGUCACUGACCGGGACUCGGGCAAGAACGGGCAGCUGCAGUGCAGGGUGCUGGGCGGAGGGGGGACCGGCGGCGGCGGCGGCCUGGGCGGGCCCGGAGGUUCUGUGCCUUUCAAGCUUGAGGAGAACUAUGACAACUUCUACACGGUGGUGACUGACCGCCCGCUGGACCGCGAGACCCAGGACGAGUACAACGUGACAAUCGUGGCUCGGGACGGGGGCUCGCCUCCUCUCAACUCCACCAAGUCGUUCGCUGUCAAGAUUCUGGACGAGAACGACAACCCUCCUCGUUUCACCAAGGGACUCUAUGUGCUGCAGGUGCACGAAAACAACAUCCCAGGAGAGUAUCUGGGCUCCGUGCUUGCCCAGGAUCCCGACCUGGGCCAAAACGGCACAGUGUCCUACUCCAUCCUGCCCUCGCACAUCGGCGACGUGUCCAUCUACACCUAUGUGUCUGUGAACCCCACCAACGGGGCCAUCUACGCCCUGCGCUCCUUUAACUACGAGCAGACCAAGGCUUUCGAGUUCAAGGUGCUUGCUAAGGACUCGGGGGCGCCCGCGCACUUGGAGAGCAACGCGACUGUGAGGGUGACAGUGCUAGACGUGAAUGACAACGCGCCGGUGAUCGUGCUGCCCACGCUGCAGAACGACACAGCCGAGCUGCAGGUCCCGCGCAACGCUGGCCUGGGCUACCUGGUGAGCACCGUACGCGCCCUAGACAGUGACUUCGGCGAGAGUGGGCGCCUCACCUACGAGAUCGUAGACGGAAACGACGACCACCUGUUUGAAAUCGAUCCCUCCAGCGGCGAGAUCCGCACGCUGCACCCCUUCUGGGAGGACGUGACGCCAGUGGUGGAGCUGGUAGUGAAGGUGACUGACCACGGGAAGCCCACCCUGUCGGCGGUGGCCAAGCUCAUCAUCCGCUCGGUGAGCGGCUCCUUGCCCGAAGGCGUUCCCCGGGUAAACGGCGAGCAGCACCACUGGGACAUGUCGCUGCCGCUCAUCGUGACUCUAAGCACUAUCUCCAUCAUUCUCCUAGCGGCCAUGAUCACCAUUGCCGUCAAGUGCAAGCGCGAGAACAAGGAGAUUCGCACUUACAACUGCCGCAUCGCCGAGUACAGCCACCCGCAGCUGGGCGGGGGCAAGGGCAAGAAGAAAAAGAUCAACAAAAACGAUAUUAUGCUGGUGCAGAGCGAGGUGGAAGAGAGGAACGCCAUGAACGUCAUGAAUGUGGUGAGCAGCCCCUCCCUGGCCACCUCCCCUAUGUACUUCGACUACCAGACCCGCCUGCCCCUUAGCUCGCCCCGGUCAGAGGUGAUGUAUCUCAAACCGGCCUCCAACAACCUGACUGUUCCUCAGGGGCACGCGGGCUGCCACACGAGCUUCACCGGACAAGGGACUAAUGCGAGCGAGACCCCUGCCACUCGGAUGUCCAUAAUUCAGACAGACAAUUUUCCCGCAGAGCCCAAUUACAUGGGCAGCAGGCAGCAGUUUGUUCAAAGUAGCUCCACGUUUAAGGACCCAGAAAGAGCCAGCCUGAGAGACAGUGGGCACGGGGACAGUGAUCAGGCUGACAGUGACCAAGACACUAACAAAGGCUCCUGCUGUGACAUGUCUGUUAGGGAGGCACUCAAGAUGAAAACUACUUCAACUAAAAGCCAACCACUUGAACAAGAACCAGAAGAGUGUGUUAAUUGCACAGAUGAAUGCCGAGUGCUUGGUCAUUCUGACAGGUGUUGGAUGCCACAGUUCCCUGCAGCCAAUCAGGCUGAAAAUGCAGAUUACCGCACAAAUCUCUUUGUACCCACAGUCGAAGCUAAUGUUGAGACUGAGACUUACGAAACUGUGAAUCCCACUGGGAAAAAGACUUUUUGUACAUUUGGAAAAGACAAGCGAGAGCACACUAUUCUCAUUGCCAAUGUUAAACCUUAUUUAAAAGCCAAACGUGCCCUGAGCCCUCUCCUCCAAGAGGUCCCCUCAGCAUCAAGCAGCCCAACCAAGGCAUGCAUCGAGCCUUGCACCUCAACAAAAGGCUCUCUGGAUGGCUGUGAAGCAAAACCAGGAGCCCUGGCCGAAGCAAGCGGCCAAUACUUGCCCACUGACAGUCAGUAUCUGUCACCCAGUAAGCAACCAAGAGACCCUCCGUUCAUGGCUUCCGAUCAGAUGGCAAGGGUCUUUGCAGAUGUGCAUUCUAGAGCCAGCAGGGAUUCCAGCGAGAUGGGUGCUGUUCUCGAGCAGCUCGACCACCCGACCAGGGAUCUGGGCAGAGAAUCGGUGGAUGCGGAGGAAGUCGUGAGAGAAAUCGAUAAGCUUUUGCAGGACUGCCGGGGAAACGACCCUGUGGCUGUGAGAAAGUGAAAAAAAAAAAAAAAAAAAAAAAGCAUUGGCAUUUUCUUGUCUCUCCUGUUGAUUUAAAAAUGAUCCCUCCUGGUGACAACCCGUUUUACAGGGAUGAAGAAAGACCAAUGCUGCUUUAAGGCUUUUAGUGAACAUCUGAAGUGCCCACAAGUAUGUUCUUUUCACUGCUGUUUCUUUUUCAGAGAUAACAAUGGUUUUGUUUUGACCAAACUUAUAUUAGGACAGAAUUAACGAUGCUGAAAGAGAAAAGAAAAAAGAGGAAGAGAAAAGAAAGAAGAAAAAGGAGGAUGAGGAAGCGAGUCACCUUUUGACAAUCUGUUAGGAAGGUGUGCAGUGUGAGAAUUGAAGUAUUUCUGAUCACUCUUAAGACUGUCCUCCGUGAUUUAUGCUGACUUAACUGUUUACCUAUAAACCCCAUACAAAGCAGGGUCAUAAUUUGUGAUCUGUGGUGGAUUUCUAGCAGUCACCACAGGCUUCUACUUAAAGUCCCGAAAAGACCUUGCAGUAGUCCAAGCUACACCAAACAUUAACACAUAUUUGUGGUAAACAUUUCUGUAUAAAGUUACCUGCCACACAUACAAACACAAAGAACAUUCCAUAUCAUUAGUCGAAAAAAAAAUAAAAAAAAAAAAAAAAAAAAACAAACAAACAAACAAAAAAAAAACCUUGGUCAUUUGUAAGACACUUCAUGUCGUAUAAAAGUUAAAUGUAAAAAGAUAUAGUCCAUUUGUCCUGCACACACAUAGACUAAUUCACUUCAUUAAUGGAGAAGAAAUUUUAAAAGGUUUAAAAUGCCUCUUCAGCAUUUUAGUGUCCAACAAACACACAAAUAAUGAUGGAUAUGUUUUAAAUUUGACCUGAAAAAUAGUUACCAUUGAAUGAUAAUAUGCAGAGGAAAUUAACAUGAUUAAUACAUUUUUUUCAUUUGUGGACACUAAAAUAGCUCAGGAAAGUGAAACUGUCUUAGGCAUACACCAAUCACAUGACCAUUUAAAUGUGCAAAUGUAAGAAAUUCAAUGUGUUUACAUCAAAUGACAUAUUUUUAUUGAUUUAUUGCAGAUUCAGUGCAUAUGAGCCAAAUUGUUGAGUGUAUAAGAGCUAUAUUGUGUAUUUUAUUAAAUUAAUAUAUAGUUGUGUUGCAAAAAUAUUUGGGCUUAUAUUGUAAAUGGCAAGUGUUGCCUCGGUAGCUGUCGAACUCUAUGAGUUUUGUUUUUUCCUGCUUCCUUUUCCCCAUGGAGUGUGGGAAGCAGUGCCUCAGAGCAGAGUCUCUUGUUUAAUGUAUAGUCUACCAAGUACUACAGUACAUAAUCUGUUCAAAAUGUGUUUGAGUGAGCCAAUGGAGCUAACUGAAAGGUCAAAAAAGACAUCCGUCAGUCAUGGUUAUGUGCAAGUCCUUGUAGAAGCUUUUAUUAAAGUCACGCUAAAUCACAAGAGUUACAUUUGUACCGAUACCUGAAACUUGUUCACAUUUUUUCAAUAACAUCCAGCUUCUGCCUAUGUAGAUAUCAUAACGUUGAUUGGUUUCUCAAAAGUAUCUUAAGUGGUUCAAGAUGUGUGUUCCCAUUAUAUUUCAAAACCAUGAGAAAUGCUUUAAUGCAUGUGUGGUACCAGCACUGGUUCCUUGCAUUGUGUAGUGUGUUUCAAGAGGUCUGGGUCUUAACAAAAUGUUUUUCCUUUUUCUGUAUACUCUUCUGCCUCUUUUUAUUGGUGUCCUUUGAGAACAAUACACCUUCUCUUCCUUCAUCUGGUUACACCUUUUCUUGUGACAUUUAGCAAGUUUCAAACUUACUUCCAUAUGAGGCUAGGAAAUCUCAAAUUUCAGGAAUUGGGAAAAACAAAAUUAGCACUUGCAGAAGUAGCAGCAGAUGGGAAAAUGCCUUGAUUGACAUUUUCCUUCAGCGUUUAAAAUUUUUGGCAUUUUACAGCUUCAUGACAAACAGUUUCCAGCCCAUACCUUAGAAAAUGUGGUGCUGAGUUAAAUAAAGGCUGUUUGUGCACUGGAGCAGAAAAAUGCGUUAUUUGCAAACUGGUGGAGAAUUCUGUGCCUUCUUUUCUGGCCACCAAGCCAGUGUAGAAACAGCAUAAAUGUCAUAAAAUCAUUAUAUGAAAAACAAAAGCAAAAGCAAAAACAAACAUUGAACUGAAUUAAGUUUUGUAAUUUUAAACCUCAAAAAAUUCAACUGAAAAUAUUUCUGUCAAAUGUCGUCAAGAUUUUAGACUGUACCUCGUUUGCAAAACAGCUCUGAAAGGGAAGAGUGGACAACUCCCAUCAGCCUUAUUCUCUCGAGAACUGUAUUUGGUUCCUAGUAACAGCCUUUCCAAAGCUCUACUCUUGGUUUUUAUUACUCAUAAAUGUUUAAAUUAGAAAAGAAGGGAUCUUGUACACGUGAAACCUAAUUGACUCUCUAUAUUUUGGACAAUUUAUGUAUCUGAAAUGUGUUGUCUCUAUUAUAUGAUGUUAUUUUUUUGCCAGGAGACUACAGGUUGAUUUAGCUUGAUAGCUGAAAUUUGAUGGAAAACUAAUUUCCAUUUAGUCUUACCAAGUGUUUCCUCUCUCUGACUAGACAGAUAGCCACGUAGUACAAUCUAAGGCAGUAUAUAAAUGAAAUCAACAAAGAGAGUAGGCUUUAUUUUUAAAACAUUCUUAACGCUGAGUAACCAGUUGUUCAAUUUAUUAUAUGUGUCUGAAGACAUUAAAACACUAUAAAAUUUUAAGAAUUGGUUGUGCCAAUGUGUGAGGGAUUUACCUUUAGGCUCUGUCACUGGUGAUUUACUAGCGUUAGCUGUUUAACACAUUACCUGUAUUUAGUAGUGAUUAUUUAUUUACAAGUUGGUGGUAAUUCAGCAGUCAGGACUCUGAGCUUUUAUAGUUGAGUUGAGGGAAUCUCGUGUUUGUUCAUUUGGCUGACGACUGCCUUUAUCACAGACCUCUGGUGCUUGGCUUCUGUGGAAGUCUAUGAGAUGCCAAAAUCACCCCUGUAGAGAGCAACUUGCUCUGAGGGGUGAUGCAUGAUCAAACAGUGAUAUUUCAAGCAGUUUUGGCAUAAUUCAGAAUACGGAAAAAUUGUCUUAAUUCACAUCCUUCAAAUACUAACCCCUCAAAAAAUCCCACACAUUCAAAAAAAUAAUAAUAAUUUGAUAAUACUUUGUCCUUUAGGUCUUUCAGUAACUGAAGUCAAGCACAGAAUAAGAAUUUAUAGAAAUUUUUGUAAGAAAGUUAAAAAGUUCUAAAAACUGUUCACUGGUGAACUAAAAACAAUCAGUAACACAACAAUCUUUUCAUUAAAUGUUAAUGAAAGAUCUUUUCAUCAAAGUUAAAAGUAGUGAGAAUCAGUGUUAGUUAUACCUAUACCAAAGUAAACAUUAAAGAGACAUAUCAUGCAAUUGUAAAGAAUGCUUUCAUAUUAUUUCUUAACCUUACGUACUUAUCCUUAUUGCAGGCCAUCUAUAAGGAUUGGCUCACCACCCCCAUGAAUUAAUUGAAUUCCUGGUUGGGAAAUUGACUUUGUUUCAUUUUCCCGAGAUCUUGUAAAACAUGACUUCCCUUUAAAGUAUAUAGGCAGUGCUCGAUAUAAAAAAUGACACCAUAAAAAAAAGUCAUGUAGUAAUAGAGCAGUAUGCUUUAUUUGAACUAGGUUAAAAGCUGUUUGUUGCCUAAUGGAGUAGAAGUUGCUGAGGUCAACAAGUAGACUGAGGUCUGGCAUAAUAUAUGCCCACUCAUUAUUGUCUAAUUAUAUUCUUUGACAACAGACAGCAUUUAUCACAGCAUUAAUUCAAAUGAGAGUUUUGGCUAUCAAGAUGUGUUGAUUUGAAACAUAAUUGAAUGAGACCUGAUUAAAGUCUGACUUUCCUGGCCCCAGUGUUUUGCAGGUUGGCUAUUCCCAUGUAUCAACCCCAUCACUCCAUAAGGUUCUUAGCUGCACCAAGCAAUUGGUGAACAAGGACAACAACAACAAAAGCAGCAUACAUUGUAUGGAUUUAUCUCAACGCUAUUGUUUAAUGGCUGUGUUUAAUGUGACCUAUCUGGAAAAUGAGGACUCCGAAUAAAAAGCUAUUACUAAUA